AUGGCAACACGUUUCAAAAUACCUGUAGUCGACCGAUUUCCUGGUCAAGUAACGAGCUUGGCCCACAUUGUUAAUGCAAACAAAAUUGUGAAGGAGAUGCUUACCCCAAGGCAGUUAGAGAUGUUCAAGAGAAUAGUUUUUGGGCGAUUUGUAGAUGUUGACAUGGUGGCUAACAGCCCAAUUAUCAUCAUAUGUCGUCACUUUGUGAAGGAUGAUUUUUUGUUGAUGACUGGUUUGUGGCGAUCCCCAACGCGAGUUGAUCAGAAUGAACAGUCCUCGUAUGAACUUGCAAUCAAGUAUUUUGGUAAUCGAGUGACGAAGGACACCUUACAUGUCCGUCUACUAGAAGAAAAAUACAAGGAGUUGGAAUUUGAAAACGAUGAGGAUGCUGUGAAGAUCACAUUAGUCUACUAUACUGAGGUUGCAAUGAUGGGAAAGAACAAACAGAAAAAUGUAGUAGACCUCAAACAUUUUAAGGACGUCCAAAACAUAGAGUACUGCAAUAGUCUUGAUUGGGGUACCAUUAUUUGA